UUUCCCGUCUGUCCGUGUUGAUGUGUCCCGUUGGGUGAGGCUUGGGUCUGCGCUGUUUUUCUCCUUUAUGCAUGAACCAAAACACUUGAAACUUUCGCUCACCUCCCGCUACACAAUCCUGCAUCUUAACUUGAAUUUUCCGCAGCGAAACGCGUAUUUAUUGCGCACGUUUUUCGCGAAAUCACCCGCGUUUGUGCCUUUGACUCGCUAGCGUCAAAGCUACGGGUCGAGACGAGGAGGCGCUGCACCUGCCACUAUUUUUACAUUUUCCCAAACGACGGGGUAUUUUUAAGGAUUACGAAAAUACACACACGUUUUUAAGAAGGAAAUCUAACAACUUUUGCUGUUUUUACCAUUUUCCAACGCGUGUAUUUAAGAGAACGAGCCGUAAAAACAGACAAAGACCAUGAAGUAAGCCGUGCGCUUUUGGAGAGGGUGGAGAUGCGUAAAAGUGACCGAUGUUGGCGUGUUUUGGGAUAUUUUUAACCGGGAAAAAGCUGCUGAGUGUGGACUUUGGACAUGGCGUCUCCCAAAGCGAAGAGUGUGCUCCAGAAUGAGGCCGGGAAAGAGGGCAAAGUCAGUCCCGGGAAAGGAGAAGGGGAGGCGGCGCAGGCGAACCGGAUGUACUGCCUGGACGAGCUGGAGACCGUGGCCACAGUUGGCACGGGCACGUUCGGCCGAGUCUUCCUGGUCCGAGACAAACACAGUCGGGAGUUUUUCGCUCUGAAACAGAUGAAGAUCCCGGACGUGAUUCGACUGAAGCAGGAAACUCACGUCCACAACGAGAAAGAAGUUCUGUCUGAAGUGAACCACCCCUUCCUCAUCUCGCUGUUCUGGACUCACCACGACGAGCGUUUCCUCUACAUGCUGCUGGACUACGUUCCCGGGGGCGAGCUGUUCAGUUACCUGCGCAGUAGGGGGCGCUUCAGCAACGCGGCCGGUCUCUUCUACACCUCCGAGAUCGUGUGUGCGAUCGAGUACCUCCACGCCAAAGACAUCGUGUACCGCGACCUCAAACCCGAGAACAUCCUCCUGGACGCACAAGGCCACAUCCGACUCACCGACUUCGGAUUCGCCAAAAAACUCUCCGACCGGACGUGGACUCUGUGUGGGACUCCCGAGUAUUUGGCUCCAGAGGUGAUCCAGAGCAAAGGCCACGGCAGAGCUGUGGACUGGUGGGCCCUCGGGAUCCUGGUGUUUGAGAUGUUAGCGGGGUAUCCGCCCUUCUUUGAUGACAACCCGUUUGGGAUUUACCAGAAGAUCCUGGCCGGAAAACUGGAAUUUCCACGACAUCUGGAUUUCUACGUCAAAGAUUUAAUCAAGAAGUUUCUGGUGAUCGACCGAGCCCGUCGUCUGGGCAACAUGAAGAACGGAGCCGAUGACGUGAAGAGGCAUCGCUGGUUUAAAACGGUCGACUGGGAGGCCGUUCCUCUCAGAAAACUCAAGCCUCCCAUCGUCCCCAAAGUCUCUCACGACGGCGACACUUCGAACUUCGACGUUUACCCCGAGGACGAGUGGAAGAAAGACGCGCCCGUCCCUCAGAAGGACCUGGACCUGUUCAAAAACUUCUAACUUUAUUUAAAACCAAACUUUUUUUUCAUCUCCAAACCCGCCGACCGUCCUCCGAAACGUCCGGGCGCCGCUCGCUCCGCGGACACGUUUUCAACACCAAAUAUACAAAUCGCUUUUUAUAACUUUAUUUAUAAAAAAAAAAAAAGGACAUUUGUUGUGAUUAUGUUUUGGUGAUAUGCAAAUGUGCAAAUGACUGUUAUGUUAUCAAACAAUCAGGUUUUUUUUAAUGUUUUUUAUCGUUUAACUUGGACUGUUUUUAAAAUCUGAAUUGAAUCUCGAUGUCAGCCAACGUACGGACUUGAAUUUGUAAAAAAAAAAAAAAAAAAUCCUCGUAGCACGUGUUUACAGUGCCUUAAAACGCUAACAACGCUAAUGGGCGCUAAUGCUAACAACGCUAAUGCUAAAUGCUAAUGCUAAAAACAACAGCAUCUGUUGUUUAGCCGCAGAGGUGGGUAGAGUCGCCAAAAAUUGUAAUUAAAUACAAGAACUGUUACUUCAAAAUGGUGUUACUGAAGUAGAAGUAAUGCGAGAAAAUACUGUUACACUGUACUACGUAAAACUACUCUGAAAGGUACAAGUUUAUUUAAAAAUCGUAGUACCCGCCUCACGUUUUGGAUGCUAAAUGUUGACGCUAGAAUCUUCUGUUUGUCGUUUAAAAUCUUGCACAGUAUUCACGAUCGAGUCUUCUCCUCAGUACGACGCUGUAGCCUUCAGAUGUCUCAUAUUUGUGCAUUUGCAUUAAAAUAUUGUGUUUAAAAAAAGAAA